GCAUUGAUUUUGCCCAAUUAUGGGAAUUCUCGCGCAUGCGCAGUAGCGCGAUCCUUUCUAAUACAUGCGUAGAUGAUCGUGUAUAACCACCCAGGGAGAAAUGUAAGAUCGGAUAUAGACAUCUAUCAGACGUCGGAGCAGUCUAGUCUAAAAUAAUGUCUAGAAAUAUUUAAAUUAGAUGCAAUGUGAUUUUGUGUUAUUUGUGUUUUUUCAUACAUAAUGUACACAAUAGUGGUGAAUUAUUAAUGAAAAAUUCUUUUUAAACUGCAAGUUACUUCUCGACAUCUAAUAGACAUCUAAUAGACCUAUAGAUAAACUUCUAUUGACGCAGUGAGUAAUAAAAUGAUCGAAUCGAUGUCUUUUGAUGCAUUUAACAUCAAUUUGAUGUCGAUUUGAAUGAAAAUGAUAGAUUUUGAUGUUAAAUGCGCAUAAGCGCUAUAAAACAAAUUAACGGAGGUCACUGUAUUCAGAAGAACGGAAUUAGGUAUAUGAAAUCUCGAUAAUCUUGCCACAACAUCAGAGCGCAACGUUCCAGAGUGAAAAUAGAGAUCCCCGCCGGUAAAACGAGUGCAAGACAUUACAACACAGGACAGAACAUAUACCUGAACGCAACAACAUGUUGGUUACUGGUGUAUUACAAUGGCACAUUGCACUGUUUAUUGUGUGCAUAAAAUUUAGUACAUUGUGUUUUGCACACAAAUUAAAAUUGAUUAACAGUGCUACUGAAACAGUGCCCGCUUACACCGUAGCAGGAAAAUAUGAUUUCCUCAAAUCGACAACGUGCGGAGAACAAUUAAAAAUUUUCCGAGAUGCUGUCGAUCAACGGAUACUAUGGAGCUUAAAAGUGUUAGAGUCAAGCGGCAGAUUUAAACCAGGGUUCCUCUACGGAAACAAUUAUUGGUUAGGAAGUCGUAGUCAGUGCAUCGAUACAAUGAAUACGAAUCCUCUACAGAUUUUAGAACAAAAAAUGUUAAAUAACAUUCUGUAUCAUGAUCCGCAAAGAUUUCCGCCUUUUAAAAUAAAUUAUUUUGCCGCUCAUAUUAGACACAACAGUACUCUACAAUAUCACACAUAUGUAAAUAACGAGGAUGUGAUUACGCUCGGACUCUGUUUACCAGCAUCAUGCACUAUACAAAACUUAAAUUCCAUAUUGGAAAGUGUACUUCAUGAUAGAAGUAUCUUCAUCGAUGAUCUCAAUUCAACUAACUUACAGCUGAUCCGGAUAAAAGAUUUCAAAAAAGAUAAUAAAUCGCUAUCCUAUGGUGCAUUAGGUUUCUUCAGUGUAGUUUUAAUAGUUUUUCUUAUGGCAAUAAUCGGAACAGUAUACGAUAUUAUUUGGUAUCAAAAGCUGGCAAAAGGAAAUGAGAGAACUAAUACUAACCGCAGUCGAAACUACAUGUCCCAGCAAGUAGAAAUAAUUUUCAAUUUACCUUUGUAUCCGGAGAAUAACAUGGGAAAAAUAUUAAGAUGUUUCUCCGUAUACAGCAAUACAAAAAACAUAUUUAAUACAAAAUUAGAAGCCGGUACAAUACCAGUCAUUCAUGGCUUAAAAGUUUUAAGCAUGUAUGGCUUAAUCGUGUUCCACACCCUAUAUUUUUCGUGGGAUACUCUCGACAAUAAAGCAGAAGUAUGGAGAUUCCUUGAGGAUCAUAUGUAUUUAAUGGACAUCGUAGUUCUAGGAGUCGAAGUAUUCUUUUUGUCAAGUGGCUGUUUUAUAACGUAUUCAUAUUUGCGACAACAACCGAGCGCAAAAAAGGAGCUUCAAAAUUACAGACAGAAGAUAAUAUAUCUUCUCACACAUACAACAAAAAGAUUUAUAAGGUUGACGCCGGCUUACAUGAUAGUGAUUGGACUAUCACAAUUAAGUUCUGAUUGGUUCGAUAAGACAUCGCAAUUUUACAUGUAUGAGAGGUCGCACGAAACUUGUCCAAAGCACUUGUGGAUAAAUCUUUUGUACAUAAAUAAUCUUUUUCCUUUUAAUGACAUGUGCCUGAGUUGGAGCUGGUAUCUAGCUAAUGAUAUGCAAUAUUACAUACUCGCUACCAUGCUGUUGAUUUUUUCGACUGUAUACUUUUACGGUGCUGUUACGAUAUUGAGUGUACUUUUAAUAGGCUCUGCUAUUCUUAGCGGUUAUAUUUCAUACGUUCACAAAUAUACUCUGAUGUUAACUGAACUUGCUGAACUUAUGCAUGUGAUAUAUACACCACCAUGGAUGAGAAUAAAUCCAUAUAUUAUUGGAAUGAUUGUAGGUUACGUUUUAGCAAAAUUGAACAAUACUUUGGUCUUGAAAAGGAAAAUUAUAAUGUUGUGUUGGUUGCUUGCUAGUGUUUGCAUUAUUGGUGUAUUAUUUGUGUUUUACAAGCGACGCCCAUCCGUUCUGGCUAGUGCUAUUUAUGUAGCACUACACAAAAUAAUUUUGGCUAUAGGUAUAGCAUGGAUUGUAAUAGCGUGUUCCACUAACCACGGAGGAAUCGUUAAUCAGUUACUAUCGUUCAAAGGCUGGAUCCCUUUCAGUAGGCUCACGUACUGUGCUUAUCUUUUAAAUCCAAUCGUUAUACGGUCAAUAAAUUUCUACAGCGAUACUUCAACGCAUUUUGAAUGUCUGUCUUUGGUUAUUUUGAGUGUGGCAUAUACGGCAAUCAUUUAUUGUUGUUCUUACAUACUGUCUGUGACGGUGGAGAUACCCUGUAUCUUGUUAAUGAGAGAGUAUGCUCCCUGGCGUAAGAACAUAUUACAAUAAGUGUUCAAAUUAAGAGCCAAAAGCUACAAUGACGUCACAUUUCGAACACUUUGUAAUAUUUUCUUACGCCAUGGAGCAUUUAAAUCUUCCCCGGGUAUCUCAUUUGAUUAUGCUCAGUUUGGUAUUCUAGCUUAAGAGACAUCGUAUAAGCGCUUUAAGCGUGUAAACGUUCAAAUGGAACGCACCCGUAGUUGCGCCGCACGAAAUCGUCACAAUUAAUACCAUUAUAUAUUCUCUCGCUGAAAAUAUAACUACUGUUGCCAUCUUUUGCAUACAGCUUGGUACUUUUGUACCUUUUGUAGUUAUUGAUCUCGACAGAAACAGCAUAACCCAGCCAAUAGCACGUCAUCAGUUUCCUUAAUUGUUUUAUCUUCUAUUUUUUAAAAGCGAAGAAUGUAAAAAGUUUGUGUACGUCACCAAAAUUAAAACUCAAGAAAAUGUAUUACUAGCUAUUUAGCCAUUUCGACAGACAUUCAUUUAUGAAUAUUUCAAAAAUGUUCUUGUUCCAUUCUUAUGCAAAGAUAAUUAUCGUGUAUGUACAGGUGGCAUUAUAAACAUUUUUGCACGCGUGACUUCGCACACAUGUCGAAGGUAUAUAUGCACAUCCUGAGUAUUCGCAUUAAUUAUACGUUAAAGAAACAUUAUUAUACACGUGGUAUCAAUUAUCACAAUAAGUAUUGUUAUACUUAUGUAUAAUAUGUGUAUACGUAUAUGUAUAUAUGUCAUGGUUGGGGAGUAACGCGUUACUUGUAACGACGUUACCAUUACAUUACUUUUGUUUAGUAACGAAUUGGUAACGGCGUUACAUUUUUUUCUGUAACUGUAACGGUAACGUAGUUACUUUUUUAAGUAACGGUAACGAAUAUAACAGUUAUUUUUACCAUUACUUUUCAUAUUCAUUGUUUAUAAAUCUGUUAUAUACUUUAUGAAUCGAUCUUCAAGUUUUAAUACUGUAUAUGUUAUAAGACUUAUAAGUUAUAAAAUUUAUAAAACUUUAGGCACUAGUGUGCAAGUAUGCGAUAUACCCCAUACAGCACACAUGUAUUAAAAGAUAUCUUUAAUACGUCUUUAAGAUGUCUUUUAGAUAUGUAUGUCUAAAAGACGACUUAAAGAUGUUUUAAAGAUGUCUUUUAGACACGCGUGCUGUAUGGAAGGAUACAGCGACAAUAGCGAUAAUCUUAUCCAAACAAUUCUAUAAUCAAAAUCCUAUAAUAAUCUUUGUAGUUGCAUUUUAAGAACAAAUUUAUUUCUUCUGAGAUGAAACCUUUUAUUGGUUUGAUGAAACCUUAAGUACAAAAAAACAACCAAAAGAUUUGGUCAUGAAAGCGAUAGAGAAGAGAUGGCCACACAUCUUGACAGAUAUUAAAUUUAAUCUUCAGCAGUUCCUAUAUUAGAAUAGAAUAGAAUAGAAUGUUUAUUCCCUUUCGGGCAUUGUACAUUGGCGCUUUUUUCAAGGAGCGUUCCCCCAACCCUUUACAACCUUACAUAUUAUAUAUUAUACAUAUGUAUUUUUACGUUAUAAUUAUUGUAAAAAAGUGUAAAUAUAAUAUUCUAAGGCAGCUUAUGUGUCCGUGAUGUGUUCAAUAUUGCAAGAAAUGUUAUAAAAAAGAAAAGUGUAUAAUAAAAGAUCAAUAUAAAUA